AUGGAGGCGUUCGAACGCUUGAUGCCACGGCAGAUGCCGGAAAUGGUUCUUGAGACGAGGGGCGAUACCACGGCACCUCAGAUCCUCACCACCGUGGGCAUUCUGACUGGCUUAUCGGGCUUGUUGGUCGUCCUGCGCUGCUAUGUACGACUAGCCAUCCUUCGCAGAUUCGACAUCGAUGAUUGGAUCAUGAUCCUCGCGCUGGCUUGUGCGUUUGGUGUUUUAGGAUGCUUCAUCGGUGAGACGGAACACGGACUGGGCCAUUACAGUGCAGACAUAGGUCUCAAUGACCGGAUGCCAUUGAACAAGUAUAUGUUCUUCCACGCCAUCAUCAUUGUGACCGGCAUCAGUUCAGUCAAGAUAUCGCUCGGGUUCUUUCUACUGCGGUUUACAUCGCAGAAUAAGGUCCUGAGGAAGAUCCUGAUUGGGACUCUGAUCUUCCUGGUUAUCUUCACGAUUAGCUGCUGCUUGAGCAUAGUAUUCCAGUGCUAUCCAGUCAGCGCGGCAUGGGACUUUGCGCAAAAACAAACAGCCACCUGUUAUUCCAUGCAGACUUAUCUCGCCGUCGGCCAAUUCAACAGCGCCAUCAAUAUCAUCACGGAUUUCGCCUUUGCCACGCUCCCCGUCUUCAUGUUCUGGAACAUCCAGGUGAACAAGCGGACUAAAGCUUCCCUGAUGGGUAUUCUCGGCCUCGGAUACUUUGCCUGUGGUGCUGCGAUUGCGAAGACUGUUUUCCAGUCGCGGGUCUUUGACGAUCCCAAUGCUUUCCGUAUCGAAUUCAACGUCGGGAUCCUCGCAGCCUGUUUCCCUACCAUCAAACCCCUCGUCAAAUCCGUCAUCGGCAGCACUUGGAGCUUAGCUACCGGGUCUCGCCCCCGAAAACGCACCACGAAUGCAUAUUACGCACACUCCUCCAGCCACGCGAUGGGCUCGAUGGCACGCAGUCGGAUCGAUCACGAGGCGCAGAAAUACAAUGUCCGCAUCGAUGGAAUUCAGUCGUCGCUGUCAGCAUCGGAAAGGGGGAGUGAGGAGAAUCUGGAGGCGCAGAGACAUGUUCACCGCUUCUCAUCGCAGAGAAUCCUGCGCACGACCGAGGUUAUUGUGCACACUGAGGGGGGUAGUGAUAUGGGAGAUCAGAGUAUAGGACCGGUGCGGACGGUGGAAGACCGAAUAUGA